GCGUUGAUUCAGUGACAAUAUUAUGUAUGGCAGUGUCAGCAACGCCAGGCAGCUGUCACUGUGCACUUUGGCCGUCACUUGUGUGUAGCUGUCCACUCUGCAAAAGCGAAUUUGAAUGCAAGAUAAUGGCUGAAGAGGCGUUGGAUGUGAUGGUGGUCGGCUCCUGUAUGACUGAUUUGGUGAGCCAGGCACCGAGGCUACCCAAAGCUGGGGAAACCAUCCACGGGCACAAGUUUUUCAUUGGCUUUGGAGGGAAAGGGGCCAACCAAUGCAUACAGGCGGCGAGACUUGGGGCCAAAACUGCCAUGGUCUGCAAGGUUGGUAAAGACUUCUUUGGAGACAAUUACAUCCAGAAUUUCAAGGACAAUGGUGUAAACACAGACUUCGUAGGGCAGACCUCUGACGCAGCGACAGGAGCUGCCUCCAUCAUUGUGAACAGUGCAGGUGAGAAUGCCAUCGUGAUCGUGGCCGGUGCUAACAUGCUGCUGGGCGGUGAGGAGCUGCAGAAAGCUCUUCCCGCAAUCAGACGUACAAAAGUCCUGGUGUGCCAGCUGGAGAUCAGCCCGCAGACGUCCUUACAGGCGCUACGACUGGCUCAGGAGAACAAAGUCAAGACAAUAUUCAACCCGGCGCCCGCCAUCCCCGACUUGGAUGCAGGUUUCUAUAGAGCCUCGGAUGUGUUCUGCUGUAAUGAGUCUGAGGCUGAGCUGCUGACGGGUUCCUCCGUCGUAAAUGUGGAGGAUGCUCGUCGGGCCGGUCAGGAGCUGCUGAAGCGGGGCUGCAGGUCUGUCGUCAUCACUUUGGGACCUCAAGGCUGCGUGGUGCUCGAGGCGAAGGAGUCCACUUCAAAGCAUGUUCCAACUGCUGCGACCAUAGCAGUGGACACUACGGGUGCCGGAGACAGCUUUAUUGGAGCGCUGGCGUUUUACAUGGCUGUGUGUCCCACAAUGCCGUUGGAUCAGAUGGCCUGCAGAGCCAAUCAGGUGGCAGGAGUGAGCGUGAGGGCGGUUGGCACACAGGCGUCUUACCCACACAGGAAGGACCUACCAGCUGAUCUAUUCUGAGAUGAGGGAAAUCAGAAGCAGAGACCUGUGUGAGGCUGAAAUAUGUCUGGUGUAUGCAGAUGUGUUCACUGACAUCAGGUUAAAUCAGUCUCGGCAUGAAUUAUUCUUAUUUUCUAUCCUGUAUGAUUUAAGUAACCUUUUAAUUACUUUUAAAUGAGUUUCUCUUAUAAUUUCUUAAGUUUGCAGUUAAAAAAAUGCAACUUUACAUCCUGUUUUGAUGACUUUGGAAUUGCACUCUUAAGCAGGAUCUCUGGAAGUCUUCAGAGUGAGCUUGUAGCUUCUUUUUGGCUCGAGGCUGGGGGUGUUUAGACGAGCCUUGGUGCUGCUGUAAGGUUCUAGACUUAGUCUUAAGGUCUCAAUCUGCCAUCAGUCUUGUGGACAUGUAAACUGGGCUCCCUCUGAGAAAAAACUUGAAGUAAAAAAUGUAUAGUUUGAUUUUUUUAGAUAUUAAGUUGAAAAAGAUUUUAUGAUUACAAAUGUAAAGAUAUUUUAUUAUAAUCAGUGCCUAACAUUUGAUGAUUACAGCUCUUGGUUUUGUAAAACAUGGGAGUUUAAACAGAUAAAUAACAGUCUGUUCAUAUUUCACUGCACAGAAUAGAUUCAGUUUAUUUAGUUAACAUAAUUAGGCCACAUUUCAUACAUGUUUCAAACACAAGAACCCAGUUUAAAUAUUAAGUUGUACAUUGUGUCAUAAUCAGUGAUUCUGUAGAGAACUGCUUCACAUUCAUUCCAACAGCUUCAGAACAAAACGGCUGCAGCCUCAAUAAACAACCUGACUUUUACACAGAA